AUGGAACAUCAAAUUGAUUAUUCUUCAAAUGGUAAUAAUCCAUUUAUAAUAAAUGGACUUAACUUGGUCAGUCAAUUGAAUUUCUUCACAGCUAAAAAUGGAAGUAGCGCAUAUCAUAACUUAACAAAGAAGGAAAGAUUUCUAUCUAAUACCAGUUGGUUCAGUUGUAAUACUAAAGAAUCUUGGGGUCCAUUAUCUGCCAAAUAUAAUGAUUUUACUCCAUGUUUUUUGGGUGUCUUAUUUGGAAUAUCUUCAUUAUUAAUGAUUUUCAUAGGGUCUUAUCAGAUCCAUUAUUUAAGACAAAAAAAAAUCACAGUUGCAAAUAGAAUUAAUUGGACUUUUUAUACUAAAUUAUUAUUAGUAGUAUUACAGUUAAUUUUUCAAAUUUUGGUGGUUUUCACAUUCCCAUUUGGAUCCGGUGGAAUUAUACAAACUUCAAAUUAUUUAAAUAUUGGAUCAACUUUAAUUGCAUUAGGAAUUCAUUAUUUAGAACAAUUUAAAUCUGCUAUACCAAAUGGUGUAUUAUUAUUUUAUUGGUUAUUUCAAAUCAUUUUAAAUUUAGCAAGAAUACUAAAUUUACAAUUACGUAACAAAUUAGGAUCAAAUUAUGGUAAUUUAGUGAUUUUAAUAACUACUAAUUCAUUAUUAAUUUUAUUAAUUGAAACUUUAUUACCUAUGAAACCAUUAAAUUAUUAUCAAAGAUUGAAAACUGUAAGUCCUUAUGAUAGAGCUAACGUUUUUUCACGUAUUACAUUUGAUUGGAUUGGUGGAUUAAUGAAACAAGGUUAUAACAAUUAUUUAACUCAAAAGGAUUUACCUCCAUUACCAAAAGAUUUAAAAGCUAAAAAUACUAAUAAAGAUUUUAAUCAUUAUUGGAAUAGACAACCAUCAACUAAAAAAUCUUUAUUUUGGGCUAUAUCUAACGCUUUUGGAUCUGAAUUUUUAUUAGGAGGUGUUUUUAAAGCUGCUCAAGAUUCUUUAGCUUUUAUUCAACCACAAUUAUUACGUUUAUUAAUUAAAUUUGUUAAUGAUUAUUCACAAUCAGUUAAAAAGGGGGAACCAUUACCUUUAACUAGAGGUUUAAUGAUUGCUGUAUCUAUGUUCUUAGUUUCCAUCAUACAAACAGCUUGUUUACAUCAAUAUUUCCAAAGAGCUUUUGAUUUAGGUAUGAAAAUUAAAAGUGCAUUAACUUCAACUGUUUAUGAUAAAUCUCUUGUAUUAUCAAGUGAAUCCAAACAAGAAAGUUCAACUGGUGAUAUUGUUAAUUUAAUGUCUGUUGAUGUACAAAGAUUACAAGAUUUAGUUCAAAAUUUACAAAUUGUAUGGUCAGGACCAUUUCAAAUCAUUAUUUGUCUUUAUUCAUUAAAUAAUUUAAUUGGAAAUUCAAUGUGGGCAGGUGUUGCAAUAAUGAUUAUUAUGAUUCCAUUAAAUGCUGUAAUUGCCAAAACUCAAAAAAAAUUACAAAAGACACAAAUGAAAUAUAAAGAUAAAAGAUCAAGAUUAAUUAAUGAAAUUUUAAAUAAUAUUAAAUCAUUAAAACUUUAUGGAUGGGAACAACCUUAUUUACAAAGAUUAAAUUAUGUUCGUAAUGAUUUAGAAUUAGAUAAUUUAAAAAAAAUGGGUGUUUUUAUGGCAGUUUCAAAUUUUACUUGGAAUUUAGCUCCAUUUUUAGUUAGUUGUUCAACAUUUGCAGUAUUUGUAUUAACUCAAAAGAAAAGUUUAUCUACUGAUUUGGUAUUUCCUGCAUUAUCAUUAUUUAAUUUAUUAAGUUUUCCCUUAGCUGUUGUUCCAAUGGUUAUUACAAAUAUAGUUGAAGCUCAAGUUGCUAUUGGUAGAUUAACUAAAUAUUUAACAAGUUCUGAGCUACAAGGUAAUGCUGUUUCAAAACAAGCACCAGCUGAUAAAAUUGGUGAUGUUGCAGUUUCUAUUAAAAAUGGUACUUUUUUAUGGUCAAAAUCUAAAAAUGAACAAAAUUAUAAAGUUGCAUUAUCUAAUAUUAAUUUAGAUGCUAAAAAGGGUGAAUUAGAUUGUAUUGUUGGUAAAGUUGGAUCUGGAAAAUCAUCCAUAAUUCAAGCUAUAUUAGGUGAUUUAUAUAAAUUAGAUGGUGAAGUUAUUUUACAUGGUAAAGUAGCUUAUGUUGCUCAAGUUCCAUGGAUAAUGAAUGGAUCAGUUAGAGAAAAUAUUUUAUUUGGUCAUAAAUAUGAUCCAGAAUUUUAUAAUCAUGUAUUAAAAGCUUGUGCAUUAACUGUUGAUUUAGCUAUAUUAACAAAGGGAGAUCAAACUGAAGUUGGUGAAAAAGGAAUAUCAUUAAGUGGUGGUCAAAAAGCAAGAUUAUCAUUAGCUAGAGCUGUUUAUGCUAGAGCUGAUGUUUACUUGUUGGAUGAUCCAUUAAGUGCAGUUGAUGAACAUGUUGGUAAACAUUUAGUUGAUCAUGUAUUAGGACCUAAUGGAUUAUUAAAAACCAAAUGUAAGAUAUUAGCUACUAAUAACAUUAAAGUUUUAAGUAUUGCAAAUAAUUUAAAUAUGGUAAGUGAUGGAAGAUUAAUUGAGCAAGGAACAUAUGAUGAUAUAAUGAAACAAGAAAAUUCAAAAUUAAAAUUAAUAAUUGAAGAAUUUGGUACAAAAAGAGAAGAAUCUCCUAAACCUACCACUAAUGGAGAAACUACUAUAGAAGAAAAUAAGAAAGAUGUUUAUGAAACUAAAGAUGAUGUCAACUUACAAGACCUUGAUUCAGAUUGUGAUUUAGAAAUUACAAGUUUAAGAAGAGCUUCUGAAGUUUCUUUAGUACCAGAUGAUGAAAGAGAUACUCAAUUGUAUCUUGAAGAAGAAACUGAAUUGGAAGAAGGAGAAGUUGAAAGUGAAGAUAAAAUUGCAAGAAAAGAACAUAUUGAACAAGGGAAAGUUAAAUGGACAGUUUAUCAAGAAUAUGCUAAAGCAUGUGGUCCUUUCCACGUAUUGAUAUUUUUGGGUUGUGCAGUAUUAUCUUAUUUAGUUAAUGUUGGAUCUACUUUUUGGUUAGAACAUUGGUCUGAAAUUAAUACAAAAUAUGGAUAUAAUCCAAAUGUUGGAUUUUAUUUAGGAAUAUAUUUUUUGUUAGGUAUUGGUUAUUCAUUUAGUUCAUUAAUUCAAAAUAUUACAUUAUGGAUAUUAUGUACUAUUCAAGGUUCUAAAAAGUUACAUAAUUCAAUGGCAAUAUCAGUUAUUAGAGCACCAAUGACUUUUUUUGAAACUACUCCUAUUGGUAGAAUUUUGAAUAGAUUUUCAAAUGAUAUUUACAAGAUUGAUGAAGUUAUUGGUAGAGUAUUUAAUAUGUUUUUCAGUAAUUUGAUAAAAGUAACUUUAACAAUUAUAGUUAUUUGUUUUUCAACUUGGCAAUUUAUAUUUUUAAUUAUUCCUUUAGGAGUAUUAUAUAUAUAUUAUCAACAAUAUUAUUUAAGAACUUCAAGAGAAUUAAGAAGAUUAGAUUCAGUUUCAAGAUCACCAAUAUAUGCAAAUUUUCAAGAAUCAUUAGUUGGUAUUUCAACAAUAAGAGCUUAUGGUAAAGAAGAUCGUUUUAAAUUUUUGAAUCAAUCAAGAGUUGAUGAAAAUAUGAAAGCUUAUCAUCCUGCUAUAAAUGCAAAUAGAUGGUUAGCUGUAAGAUUAGAAUUUUUAGGAUCAAUAAUUAUUUUAGGAGCUGCUGGAUUAUCUAUUUUAACAUUAUCUUCAGGACAUUUAACUGCUGGAUUAGUUGGCUUAUCAGUAUCUUAUGCAUUACAAAUUACUCAAUCAUUAAAUUGGAUAGUUAGAAUGACAGUUGAAGUUGAAACAAAUAUAGUUGCAGUUGAAAGAUGUCUUGAAUAUUCAACCUUAAAAAGUGAAGCUCCAGAAAUUAUUCCAAAUCAUAGACCACCAACAAAUUGGCCACAACAAGGAGAAAUUAAAUUUCAAAAUUAUUCAACAAAAUAUAGACCUGAAUUAGAUUUAGUUUUAAAAAAUAUUAAUUUAGAAAUUAAACCAAAAGAAAAAAUUGGAAUUGUUGGUAGAACAGGAGCUGGUAAAUCUUCAAUAACUUUAGCUAUAUUUAGAAUUAUAGAAGCUUUUAAAGGAGAUAUAAAUAUUGAUGGUAUACAAACAAAUACUAUUGGAUUAUUUGAUUUAAGACAUAAAUUAUCAAUAAUACCACAAGAUUCUCAAGUAUUUGAAGGAACAGUAAGAUCAAAUCUUGAUCCAACUAAUGAAUAUUCAGAUGAUCAAAUUUAUAAAGCUUUAGAAUUAUCACAUUUAAAAGAUCAUGUUGAAAAAAUGUUUAAAGAAAGAGAAAUUAAUGACACCAAUGAACCUUCUGAUGUUUUAGGUGAAAAAGAAGAAGAUAUAAAUACACCAUUAGAUGUUAAAAUUACAGAAGGUGGAUCUAAUUUAUCAGUUGGACAAAGACAAUUAAUGUGUCUUGGUAGAGUAUUAUUAAAAUUAAAUUAUUCAAAUAUUUUAGUAUUAGAUGAAGCAACAAGUUCUAUAGAUACUUCAACAGAUUCAUAUAUUCAAGAAACUAUUAGAACAGAAUUUAAAAAUAAAACUAUUAUAACUAUAGCUCAUAGAUUAAAUACAAUAUUAGAUUCUGAUAAAAUCUUGGUGUUAGAAAAGGGAGAAGUUGCUGAAUUUGAUACUCCUUCUAAUUUAUUAAAGAAUAAAAAAUCAUUAUUUUAUGCAUUAUGUAAAGAAGGUGGAUUUGUUAAUGAUGAUGAAUAA